CAGCUCUUCCAAAGCCACCUUAGUGCCCCAGGGGGCAGUGGCUGCAAAUCCUAGUUUCCCAGGUGACUAGACAGAACAGGAAGACGUCAUGUACAGUAACUACAGCAGGACAUGGGAGAGAGCUAAGGAUAAAGAGAAUCCUGAAGAAUUUUGAAGCAGCGGAUACAAACGUGCUGAGUGAGUUACCCCAUUCGGCUAUACUGGUGUGUUCUGCCUUGAAAGUUACAAAACAAAACAAAACAAACAAACAAAAAGAAUGUGCUUUAUUCGUGGUGGGCGAUUGGAGGCACAGUGACCUGCCUUUUUUAGGGACGAUAUCUUGACAAGCCCUGGGACCGACUGAGCUUGUGCGGGGUUGACCAGCUUCCUUUAGAGAGCUGGGGCCGGAGGAGGCUCUUUCUCUUGUAUAUUUAGCGCCCUCUGACGAGUACAGAGGGAACUUGCUGCAACCUCAGCAAAGGAACCCAGAGAUCCUGUUGUCCUUGCUCUUACCACGCCAGACCCGCCUCAGAAGUGAGAUCGAAGAGGCUUUGGACAUGGACUUCCUCCAUCAGCAAGCUGACCGUGGGGACCUGAAUGUCACCUAUCUCUCUAAGUACAUCCUCAACACGAUGGUCUUGCUGUGUGCGCCAGUCCGGGAUGAGGCCGUGCAGAGACUCGAGAACAUUGCGGAUCCUGUCCGGCUGCUGAGGGGAAUCUUCCAAGUGCUGGGACUGAUGAAGAUGGACAUGGUAAACUACACCAUCCAGAGCCUCCAGCCCCAGCCGCAGGAGCAUUCCAUCCAGUUCGAGCGGGCCCAGUUCCAGGAGCGUCUCAACAAGCAGCCCAGCCUCCUCAACCACACCACUAAGUGGCUGACCCAGGCGGCCGCAGACCUCACCACCCCCCCUGCAAAUUGCCCCGACACACUGGACUCCUCCAGCACGCCUGGCCCGUCUCCCAGUGACGCCGCUGCCUCGGAGCCGCUCAGCCCUGCAAUGGUGCUGUCCCAGGGAUUCCUGAACCUUCUCAUCUGGGACCCUGAGAAUGAAGAGUUCCCUGAGACCCUGCUGAUGGACAGAACCCGACUGCAGGAGCUGGAGUUGCAACGGAACCACCUAACAGUCCUUGCCUCCGUCCUGCUGGUGGCCAGUAGCUUCUCUGGCAGUGUUCUGUUUGGCUCACCCCAGUUUGUGGAUAAGCUGAAACGGAUAACCAAGUCCCUGGUGGAGGACUUCAACUCCAGGCCUGAGGAGACCAUGCAGACUGUGAGCGAGCAGGUGACCCAGGAAAUCCACCGAAGCCUCAAGAACAUGGGCCUCGCCCCUCUGAGCAGUGACAACUCGGCGUCUCUGGUAGGACAGCUCCAGAACAUUGCCAAGAAGGAAAACUGCGUCCGCAGCGUCAUUGAUCAGCGGAUCCACUUGUUCCUCAAAUGUUGCUUGGUUCUUGGCGUGCAGCGAUCCCUGCUGGACCUUCCUGGAGGCCUCACGCUCAUUGAAGCAGAGCUGGCAGAGCUGGGCCAGAAGUUUGUUAGCCUGACGCACCACAACCAGCAGGUGUUCGGCCCUUACUACACCGAGAUCCUAAAACCCCUCAUCUCCUCAGGCCAGUCUGCCAGAGUGGAGGCUCUCUGAGAGCCCUGGUGCCUGGGACCCAGGGGGAAGGCCCAUCUUCCUGGAGUGACAUCACCAGUGACCAGGCGUGCAGUGAGUGCCCUCCGCCCCCCACAGCCAGCACACCUGGGCUGUAGGGAUCCAGCAUGUAAACACCAGCUGGCCCAGACGGCUCCCUAAUAAACCUCUGAACUGCAA